CAAUUCAGCUUUAGAGGAGAGGAGAGGAGAGGAGAGGAGGGGGAGGAGAGGAGAGGAGAUGAGCAACACCGAAACUGCAGCCAGGCCGGAAUCAUAUCCGAUGACUGGUGGUGGUGGCACUUACAGCUACUCCAGUAACUCCAUUUAUCAAAAAGAAGCAGCAAAUUUUGUAAAGGAAUUAAUCGAUGAAGAAAUUGCAACGAAGCUUGACAUGAAAUGCUUCACUACUUCUACUUCAAACACAUUGAGAGUAGCAGAUUUGGGAUGUUCAACAGGGCCAAAUACCUUCAUUGCUAUGCAAAACAUACUGCAAGCCAUGAAAAACAAGUACCAUUCCCAAGGCAGCCUCCCUUCUGAGAUGCCCGAAUUCCAAGUUUUCUUCAACGAUCAUGCUUCCAAUGAUUUCAAUACCGUUUUCACCUCUCUCCCUCCUGAUAGCCAAUACUUCGCUGCUGGAGUUCCCGGUUCUUUCUAUGGCCGGCUAUUCCCCGAGUCCUCUCUUCAUUUUGUCUAUUCUUCUUACGCAAUGAACUGGCUCUCUAAGGUUCCUGAAGAGCUGCUGGACCAAAACUCUCCUGCUUGGAACAAGGAAAAAUUUCACUAUACAACUGCCAAAGAGGAAGUAGCCAACGUCUAUGCGGCUCAAUUUGCAAAGGACAUGGAGAUCUUUCUGGGUGCCAGAGCUAAAGAGAUGGUGGUUGGAGCUAUGAUGGUAGUCAUCAUUAUGGGUUUCCCAGAUGACAUCCAUCAUUCUAAGCUCUUCCUUGGUCAGUCAUAUGAUUUUCUCAGUUCUUGCCUCAUGGAUUUGGUCAAUAUGGGUUUAGUGAGCGAAGCUGAAGCAGAUUCAUUCAACAUUCCUGUGUAUGGUCCCUCCCCCAAGGAGAUGGCGAGUGUGGUAGAGAAAAAUGGGUGUUUCAGUACGGAGAGAAUGCAGUUGAAUGACUACACUUACAAAUAUGACGCACAAACAUUCCUAAAGCACCAAAGAGCCACCUUGGAAUCGAUUUUGACCAAACAUUUUGGAAGUGAGAUUGUUGAUCAACUUUAUCAACGGGCUUCUCAAAGAAGUGCAGAGUUCUCCUCCGUGCUGCACUCAAGUGACGCAGCGAUGAAAAACCAACUAUUUCUUGUUUUGAAGCGUAAAUGAUGCGCGUUCAAGAUUGAUCUCAUUCAGCCUUCUCAUCAGAGUAUGUAAUAUAUUAUGAGCUCCCUAUUUUCUUUCCUUGUGAUUUAUAAAGACCAUAUGAUUUGAGAAAUAAUAUAUUGUUGAACCUUUAUGGAACAAA